AUGGAUUUAUUAAGCGUACUCGAGCACACACUCUUACCAGACCAAAAAGUGUUAGAUGAUGCACAACAAGUUUUAGAACAAGCUGCACAGUCUGAUCUACACGGUUUUCUGACAUCUCUGUCGGGGAUCUUGAACAAUAUCGCCAAUAGCAACGCUGGACGAACGCAGGCUGGGCUACAAUUGAAAAAUCCCCUGUACUUAAAUGAUUCUGGUAUCAAUGCAGGAUAUCAACAGAGAUGGCUGUCACUUCCGGAGGAAGUCAGAGGAAGAGUAAAAACAAUUAUUUUGGCUUCACUGGGAACAGAACCAAUCAGCCCAAGCACAGCGGCCCAGUGUGUGGCCUAUAUAGCAUGUGCCGAGCUUCCAUCGGGUUUGUGGCCAAACUUGAUAGCCUUGCUAGUCAUCAAUGUUACCAACCAAAACACAACUGAGGAAUUAAAGGAAGCCUCUUUAGAGGCAAUAGGCUACAUUUGCCAAGACAUCGAUCAAGCUGUUCUUCAGAGUAAAUCAAAUGAAAUUCUAACAGCAAUUCUUCAUGGAAUGAGACAAGAACAACCCAGUAACCGUGUGAGAGUUGCAGCUGCUAAAGCAUUGUGGAAUUCCUUGGAAUAUUUAAAGGCUAAUUUUGACAAAGAGACGGAGAGACAUUUCAUCAUGCAAGUUGUGUGCGAAGCAACCAAAUCACCAGACACAAAGGUGAAGGGUGCUGCUUUGCAGUGUUUGGUGAAGAUUGCUUCCUUAUAUUAUAAACAAAUGGAUUCAUACAUGGGUCCUGCACUCACUUCUAUAACAAUGGAAGCCAUGAAGAGUGAUGUAGAUGAAAUUGCCUUCCAGGGAAUUGAAUUUUGGUCCAAUGUUUGUGAAAAAGAAAUAGCUCUUGCUACUGGAUUAUCGGAGGCUGCUGAGCAAGGAAUGCCCUCAGAGAGAGGAAGUCGAUUCUACAUUCAAGGAGCUUCCAUGUAUUUAUGUCCAAUCUUGUUACAAACACUGACAAAGCAGGUAAAAUAUUUACAUAGAUCAGAUGAUGUGGACAAUGAUGAAUGGAGCAUAGGUAGGGCUGCCGGAGUCUGUCUGAGGCUAAUAGCAACUGAGCGCAAAGAUAAUAUUGUACCCCUCAUUUCACCCUUUGUGAUAGGGAACAUAAGUGAUGGAAAUUGGCGUUAUCGCGUGGCGGCUGUUAUGGCUCUCGGUUCAAUAUUGGAGGGUCCAGAUCCUGAAAUGCUUCAGCCAAUUGUAAGACAUGUCAUGCCUAUGCUUAUUCAGUUGUUGAAUGAUCUCAAUAUUAUCGGGAGGAUCACAACAGCCCAGAUUAUGAGGCGGAUCUGUAAAAUCGUACCAAAACCCAUUAUUACUGGACAUCAAGUCUUACCGAGUUUUCUUUCUGCCUUGAUGAAUGGCCUUACUGCUGGGCCAACAGUCGCCAGUCAGUUUUGUUGGACCAUCUCGAGUUUAGCAGAGGCUGCCUACGUUAGUGCAAGUCCGGAGGGCGACCCAUCUACAUACUGUUUAUCCACUUCUUUUGCAACCAUUGUAGAAAAUCUAAUUCAAGUCACCGACAGAUCAGAUGGAAACCAACAUAACUUAAGAAAUGCAGCAUUUGAAGCACUGACAGAAAUGAUCAAAAACAGCCCUAAGGACUGUUACGGGAUUGUACAGAAAACAGCAAUUGGUGUUUUAGAGAAACUAGACAGACUGCUGCAUAUGAAAAAUAAGAUUCAAGUCCCUACAGAUCGUGCCCAAUACAAUGAAUUACAAUUCUUGAUUUGUGACACAUUACAGAGUGUUCUUAAGAAAUUGACGCGUCAAGAUGCUCUCCGGAUCUCUGACCAAGUGAUGGGUGUUUUGUUGCGUAUGUUUACAACCGGCGUUCAAGAAGAUGCUCUUCUGACAGUGUCCACACUAGUAGAAGUUUUAGGUGGGAAUUUUGCAAAUUAUGUGGAUGCAUUUAAACCAAGUUUGAUUGCUAGCUUGAAGAAUUCUGAAGAACAUUCAGUAUGUUUGGCUGCUAUAGGUCUAGUGAGAAACUUAUGUCAAGCUCUAGGAAGAAUGAUGUCGCCAUAUUGUGAUGAAAUUAUGUUAUUGUUGGAGAAUUUAUGGAAUUCCAAUUUGCAUAGGUCAGUGAAACCUCAUCUUCUCUCUGUGUUUGGCGAGAUUGCAUUGGCCAUAGGACCUGAUUUCAAGAAAUUCCUGACCAAAGUCAUGACUAUUCUACAUCAAGCCUCCCAGGAGAAGGUGGAAAAGACUGAUUUAGACAUGAUUGAUUACCUGAAUGAUAUAAGACAAGGUUGUCUUGAGGCCUACACAGGAAUUGUACAGUGUUUUAGAGAAGGUGGGAAAUUGGAUGACGUUUAUUUAUUACUGCCAUAUAUUUCCCAAAUAAUGUCCUUCAUAGAGAAUGUUGCAAUGGAUGAGGAUCAUUCGAUGGAAAAUAUAUCAGCCUGCUGUGGACUCAUUGCAGAUUUGUGUACAGUACUUGGAGUAAGAAUGCUUCCAUAUGUUGAUAAGGGGACAAUUCAGGGAUUGGUUACUAAAGGGCUAAAUUCCAGUACUAAGAGAGUUAGAAAUGUAGCAAUGUGGGCUACUCAAGAAAUAAACAAACUAAAAAGUAUUUCAUGGUAA